UGGAGAGCUGUAACGCUGCCACCUCUUGGAUUCAACUGACUUCAAAAAAGGAUCGCCUACAAUGCCGUCUUUUGAUGCCGUUUUAAAAGAGGCUGGAGAAUUUGGAAGGUUUCAAAAGAGGGCCUUCCUUCUCCUUUCCCAGACUGGCAUAACAUUUUCAUUUUUAUUUGUUGGAAUUGUAUUUCUUGGGAAGAAUCCAGAGAACUUUACAUGCAGGCUUCCCUAUGCAGCGGAGAUUAGGGACCGUUGUGGAUGGACGCUUGAAGAAGAGUACAAUUUUACCCGUCUUGGUACAAAUCGGGUGAAUAGUACUUAUGAUCAUCAGUGCCAGAGAUACGACACAGAAUGGAAUACCACCUCUGUAAACUGUGCCAGUCCACUGGCUCAUCUUACCAAUAACAGCUUGGGCAGUAUGCCACUCACUGCAUGCCAGAAUGGCUGGCUAUAUGAACAACCUCAUUCAACUAUUGCCAGUGAGUAUAACCUUGUUUGCACCAAGAAUUGGCUGGUAGAUUUGACACAGUCUAUUCUCAAUUUGGGAUUCCUAAUAGGAGCAUUCACCCUAGGCUAUGCUGCAGACAGAUAUGGCAGAAUCUCCACUUAUCUCUUCUCCUGCUUUGGAGCAGGACUGUGUGGUCUCAUAGUGGCCUUUGCACCAAACUUUAUAGUAUUUAUGAUAUUUCGUUUUCUACAAGGUGUAUUUGGAAAGGGAACUUGGAUGACAAGCUUUGUAAUUGUGACAGAGAUAGUUGGUUCAAAACAGCGAAGGAUUGUUGGAAUUGUAAUUCAGAUGUUCUUCACACUUGGAGUUGUGAUUCUUCCUGGAAUUGCUUAUUUAAUUCCCACAUGGCAGGGGAUUCAGCUGGCCACAACGCUCCCCAACUUCAUUUUCCUGUUGUAUUACUGGGUAGUACCUGAAUCUCCACGGUGGCUGCUGUCUCGCCAAGAAAGAGACAAGGCCAUGAAGAUUAUGCACUCCAUUGCCAAACAGAAUGGGAAAUGUCUUUCUCCACAUUAUUCAGAGAUAGUAGUUACUGAUGAAGAGGUUAGUAAUCCUUCCCUUCUUGAUCUGGUCAGAACUCCACAGAUGAGAAAAUUCACUCUUAUUCUAAUGUAUGCCUGGUUCACAAGUGCAGUGGUUUACCAAGGGCUUGUCUUGCGGCUGGGAAUUAUUGAAGGAAAUCUUUAUUUGGAAUUUUUCAUCACAGCAAUGAUGGAAUUGCCUGCAGCUCUUUUAAUCAUACUGAUAAUUGACCGGAUUGGCCGGCGCCCACCCUUUGUGAUCAGCACUAUUGUGGCAGGUGUUGCCUGCUUAAUUACUGCAUUCUUACCAGAAGGCAUCUCAUGGUUAAAAACAUCAGUAUCCAUUGUGGCAAGAGUGGCAAUUACUAUGACUUUUGAACUUGUGUACCUUGUGAAUUCUGAAUUGUAUCCUACAACACUGAGAAACUUUGGUGUUGCAAUAUGUUCAGGUCUGUGUGAUAUAGGGGGCAUUGUAGCCCCAUUUCUUCUUUAUCGACUAGCAGACAUCUGGGUGGAACUGCCUCUGAUCAUCUACAGUAUAUUUUGUGUUCUGUGUGGGAUUCUACUUAUGCUUUUACCUGAAACAAAGGGAAUUUCCCUUCCAGAGACAGUGGAAGAUGUGGAACAAUUACGAAGUUUCAAUAAUUGUUGUGGGAAAAGCAAACACCAGGAAAUCAACUCAUACAUUUGAUCUUUUACCAAGUGUUGGCAAAGCAUCAUCAGUUAUCUGGUUCUCACUUUGAUGUCCAAUGGAUGCCAUUAUCAUGUUGGCUAGAGAAGAUCAAUCUGGCUUAGUCAUAAUAAAUAACUGUACAACAUUUCUUUAUACUAUAAAGACAUUCGAAAUAAACAUAAUUUUUUUCCCUAUGACUUUGGAAAGAUGAACAUAUUUUCUGAGCUUAUUGUUUCCAGAGUGGGAACUGUUCUGUGUGGCUCUUGUGGAAGAGUAAUAGUUUUCUUUCAACGAAGUGCAGCACCAAAAUCUUGGGGUUUUUUUACCUGCUAGGUCUUUUGGUCAUUCCUUCUCUAAUUAUGGAGAACAAUUACUUAACUGCUGUUGGAUUCCAUGAAAUUAAAAUGGUCCACAAUUUUGUGAUGAAAUCAAAACUGUUCUAAGGAUUUGGUGACAGUGAAGCAAAGCAAAAUGGAUAAACAUACUAAAAGAAGAGUAAAAGAUCAUUGAUAUUUUCAGAGUAGAAUAGAGGAAGGUUAUCCCAUUUUAUCUUCACAACAACCUUGUAUAAGAUAGGUGAGACUGAGAGAUAAUUAUUUGCCAAAGCCGUACAUUGACCAUCAUAGUUGAGUAGAAAUUUGAACCCAGCAUUCAAUCCAUUGCAUCACAUUUAUUCUAACUGAUGGGGGUAUUAAGGUCUAGAAUAUACUCAGCUUGUGGCUAUAAAAAAGCAAAGAUUCAGGAACUUUAUUGGGGCUGAACACACACACACACACACACACACACACACACACACACACACCUUGAAGCAACAGCAUACAAUCUCACUAGUUCCUGAUUAUUCUAUAGCAUGUAUUGGCAAAUUUCUCAGGUGCAGUCCUAUGGACUUGUUCCAAAAUUCUCUUGCUGUGACUACUCAGCAGCAGUCGCACAAACAUUAACACUACAUUUGUGCACACACCACAGAUUAAUGUACCUGCAAACACACUCUUCAGUUCAGUAGGGAGCACACUUGGGUAGGAAAUGCCCUUCUUCUUUGUGGGAGAAGUUAGUUGCUAGGUAAUUCCAAUUAAACAGCAUUCUUACACAAUCUCAGCAUGUUUCUGUUGUAUAUUUAUUGCUUAUUAUAUACACGGACAGCGCGUGAACAGCAAAAUCCGCGGGAGACACAUGUAAGUACAAUCGCGUGGAGAACGCGUGAAAUUCGUAUCGUCUGUUUCGGCUCUAAGUACUACUUAUUCCACACUGAAGACUCAGGUGCUCACUGAAAGGGUAAGACUCUGUUUACGGCUGAAAGAAAGACCCUUCUACCCAGCAGCAAGAACUGUUGUAAACUUGUGAUAUGUUCUAAGCUAGCAGAACUGGUUGUAUUCAGAUGUCAAGACAAACUAAUUAUUCAAUGGGAGGUUGGGGGAUUGCAUUGGUUGUGAGUCGUGACUCACAAUCAUAAAUUGUUUGCUGUGCUCUCCUUGGUCCUCUCACUUCACUUGAAUACUUGCCAACUUGCAAUAAUGUCUUAACUAUACACACCUCCUCCAAUUGUAGUUCUUCUCCUACAAGCCAGGAUUCUAAAAUGAAAAGUUUAGAUGCAGAGGGAAUUAGGAGAGCUGAGGGGAGUGUACAAAGACAGCGAACGAACUGUCCUUGUGCCUAGUGGUGACAAAUCUGAAAUUAAACAGUGUUUAUUUUGCCAUCUGAAUGCAGCCACUAUAAGCCAGUCUUUAUGAAGACAGGCAAUAGACAAAAUACUGCUCUCUUCUCUGAAAUAAAAGUGUAGAAUGGAAGGAAAAUGUUUGUGGGAGUUGGACUGCAAUCUUAAGCAUACUAAUGAGAAAGCAAGUCCCAUUGAACAUGCUGGGACUUGCUUCCAAGUACUGGAUUGGCUGUUGUUUUGCUGAGAGCAAGGAGAUAUAAUAGCAGUGUGUUUCUCUGAUUCCUAGCAGGUGGCGUGAAAUGCAUUAUCUUUCCAGAGUGCCUGUGAUAUGGCUUACCUACAAAAAAUGAAUGAAAUUAGGGGAGUAUGUGAUAUGUGAGAGCACUUAUUUGUUAUGUAUAAAUAUUUUUUUUUGAAUCUGGGGAAAUUAAUAAUUUUCUAUAACAAAGAGAGAGAAUAAUGGAGAUUAUGUGGUAUUUUUGUAUUUAAAAAUGUUAGCUGAACAGGUAUUGCUGAGUGUAACAACAAGUACCAAACCUUGUUAAGUCUGUGAGCACUUUCAGCCUUUUGAAAGCAUUGAGUGGGUGACAUCUCAAGUGGCUGCCAUGAGGGCCAGAGCCAAUUGCAAACUAUUGGGAGGUUCCAAACCAAGUGUUCUAUUCUGAUGAAGACAACUGUUUCUGAAUAGAGGUUCCCUGGAAAUACAAAGCUGAUGCUUCCUGAGCUCUUCUUAAGCACCUUCUGCUCUGUCGUGGGAAAAUUUUGGAGUUUGGCUCUGAAAGACCUAGGCCCAUAGCAGCAUUCCAUCUAGAAAUUACAAGCGGCAGUUUAAAACACUCCAAAAGCAGAGUUUUUUUUUUCUCUACUCCUCUUCAACCCCCUCCCUUUCUCUUUCCUUAACUUUCGGUUUUUCCUUAUCUCCUUUUACAAAGCAGCCUGCUAAGGAAUGUGCUACAUUUGGCACACUAUAAAGGAUAGGGAAAAAAAGCAAGGUCGUAGGCCUGAACUAAAAAGUCACGCAUGCGCACAAGCCAUUACAUUUCACUGCACAUUUCUGCUGACUUCAGCAACGAAGUCCUAAGACUGUCUUGCAGAGAAGGUAAACAAGUCUUUUUGGUCACCCUGGAUCAGGUCCAUUAGCCAAUGGGAUCACUCCAGUAGUGACGACACACAGCCCAUUGGACCACUAUAUAAGAGGGUUACAAGCCACUGUAGAGAGCUCUGGACUCUGAACCUGGGAGUCUAGGGACACUACCUGCCCACGUGGAGCCUGGACGGCUGGGGACAGACCAUCAGAGCAUCCCAGCCAAGUAGCCAGGGAGGCUCUCCCUUUUAGGGAGCCUCACUGCUGCACUUCAGCUCCAGCCCAGGGAAUGCCCAGGCUUUUCUAUAGUUGUCUUAGGUUUAAGUGUUAGAAUAUAAGUUGCCUGUAUUCAUCUAGUGUGUUAAGUGAUUUUUAGGAUUUUAGAAGUUAAGUUGUAAGCUGAAAAUUUGAGUUGUAUUCUAAUUGUAGCAAACUGCUUUGUGUUUCAUUUUACCCGGCUUCAAUAAACCCUUCUGCUUUAGCAUUA